CCCGUGAAAGUUUCACUACCGCUCCGAUUUCGCGGCCAGACUUUGUUAUGUAGUGGGUUUUGAUAGUGGGGUUCUGACAGAAAUAGGGCUUUGGCCCUAACCGUCACUUGUCUUUCGACUGAUCCCUCCACAACCCUCUCGGAAAGACAAAAGCUUGGCACGCACACACACAACCUCCACUACUGGUGAGUUGAGGGAGAAGAGAUACAGUAGGUAGAAACGUCGACAACAAUCAAACCCGACUGACCCACCGACCGACGAACGACCCUACAACCAACGAACGCUUAAUUCUAACAUACCACAGUAGCGAUGGCCAAAGAAAAGUCCGGUAAGUUUUCAUCAGCAGAAUCCUCCUUUUUCCUCCCAGUCGGAUUCCGGUCCAUAACGAAGGGAAUACAGGUCUCGCCUACGGGAAAAACAAAGGCUACAAUGGAGUCACUCUCCGCGAUCCUAAAGCCAAGGUUUCCCGUCGUAAGGGGGCCCUCAGCAAGAAGACCGCAUUCGUGCGUGAGAUUGUGAAGGAGGUCGCGGGGUAUGGCUUUUCCUCCCUUCCCCGCCUACCGAGCCAAUUGUUUACCUCCGACCCGGUUGCUAAUAUUUGAUGUGGGCAGUCUUGCACCGUACGAGAAGCGCGUCAUCGAAUUGCUCCGUAACAGCAAGGACAAGCGUGCCCGCAAGCUUGCAAAGAAGAGGGUCAGUCUCUCCUUCCCCCUCAUGGUGUCUGGUCGCUAACCCUCUGCGGGGGUUACAGCUCGGAACUUUCGGCCGUGCAAAGAGAAAGGUCGAUGAGCUCCAGAGGGUUAUAGCCGAGUCAAGGAGGACAACUCAUUAGAGAAGGGUGUUGUGUGGUCGGGAGUAUAAAAAAGCAAACAGAAAAGCGAAUAAUAUACUUUCUAACUUUUUUGAUCCUCUAUUCUCGCUCUUUUAUUCUUUCUUUCCCUCUCUACUGGAAUUUGGGGGUUUCUACUUCUUUUCUUAUCUGCUUGCCCUUGGGUGGGGAGGAGAUUCGUCCUCGGUGUAUUGCCGUAGAUGGAAAUGAUACGGAUGGGAUUGAAUCAUGGGCAUUGGUGCGAGUGAUAUUUGUGAUAUGGGAUGUGUGAUUCGUGGGAUGAUGGGAUCUCCGGGGUGCGAUAUAAGACCUAUGGGGAGGAGGGGCACAUGUGGGCCGGGUGGGAUCCCGAUACUUUGAAGGUGGUGUUUCUGGUCCUAUUCCCAGACUUCGACCGAAAAACACGGCGGCGGAAGCAUGAAUACAAGAUUAUCCUUGGACGCAAUGAGGAUAUUCAGUUAGACUACCGCAUGAACAUCAGAUAACCACCCCAC